AUGAGAAAACGUUCUUCGAAAUGGCUUCUCAAAUAUCAUCGUUCAGACGGCAUAAGAGAGCCCAAUUUUAUCCAUGGAAACUCCAGUAAGGAAAUCUAUCCAGAUCUGUUGAAUAAACGCAACCUAUCAGUAAACACAAGGGAAGCGUGCUGCCAUGCAAGCGAUAUAAAGGUGGUCGUGCAUGAUGGCCAAGGAUAUUCAAAGAAAAUAGAAGUAGAUGUGUCAACUACCGCGGCGGAUCUGUGUCGUACCUUCGAUCGUUGUGUUGAUUUGCGAUUUUGGCAAUUGCAUGAAGAACUACCUGACCUUCCUGGAUUCGGACAUCCUAUUGAAGACCAUGAACUGAUUAUCUGCGUAGUAAGAAAGUGUUUAGUAGCUGUCUGGCCUUUCGAAGAAUAUGAACCUCGGUUUUGUUUGAUCGAAAACCCUAACAAAUACAAAUUGCACAUGGUGUUCAACAUGGUAGACCAGAGGUAUUUCAAUUGCUGUGCACUUAAUCAUCUUUCUAAUUUGAGGGUUGAGGAAGUGAACCUACUCUAUCGCUGCUCACAUACUGGGAUUGCGUCUGAAAUCAAGCACCACAUUCCGCCCUAUGUGACAUCCGGAUUUAUAUGGUUCCGCUCACCUCAGUGGACGUGGCGCAAGAUGUUUUGCUUUCUGCACGGUUCCUCUGUAUUUUAUUCCAUCAGCAAUCGACGGGUGUCGGCAAGUUGCAUGCGAAUCCUUGUAGACUUAUCUACUGUGGACGUCUUUCAACCAAUAUAUCCGCUCAAACGUGCACCAUUCAAGGCCCCAACUUCCCACAUAAUCGUUUGUCGACCACAAAUAAGUCAGCCACUGAAUUACAAAUGUAUGCUCAUAUUUGCUUGUCGCACCGCGGAGGGACGUGCAGGUUGGAUAAACGGAUUUCGUGUGCACAAGUUUGGACUAGGUCGAUUAGAAGCCAAUUUGCGGAAAGUUGUUCUUCUAGAACAUUUGGUGCGGCGAAAUGUAAAAGCUCUGAGGAAAAGAGGAAAAUCCAAGCAGCCGAUCGAUGAACUAAGAACACGAGUAUAA